CUGGCGCAUUGCAUUGUUGGAAAUGAAUUAAAGAUGGCUGUUCGCGAUGACCAAGUAUGAUCAGCGACGGUCAGAAAUAAUGUUUUCCCUUUAAUUUUCCAUUUUCUUCGGUUUUUCACGCGUAGAACUGAUUUCAGGUCUAAACGAAACGGGCGCGUGGUAUUUUCGGGCGGUUUCUGCUUCGUUAAUAGGUCUCAAAGUGCAAUGUUAGUUCUUAGUGUCUUGUACAUAGGAGUACGAUUUUACUAGUUAUGUAUGUAUUUUGAUAAAAGUGCUAAGUGGAAGCGGGUGGUUUGAGUGGCACCAGGAGGGAGGAAGCCGGAGGAACACUGUAAAAUGCAGACUAUGGAGAAACCUCCUCAUCAAUUAACGACACAAACGAAGCAAAGAGAGUCACCGAUGACCAUUCAAAAUGUGGAAACGGCCGCACCUAGUGGAGUGAAAUCGGCGGAGCCUCCGCCUUUGGAGAUCUGCUUUGUUUGUGGCAACAGGGGCCACCCCAGGUCGUACCCUCUGAGCUCCAAACCUAGAUCGGACCGAUCGACUCGCGAUCCGUACUUUCCAUUUUUGGAUAGUCACGAGCCUCCUAAAGGCUAUCCAAAAUUCUGGGGUAAAUCGGACCCGUCCAUCUACGCGGCUUGUAGCCUGUGCUAUCAACUGCUCAUGCAACAAUGGGACCAAUAUGAACAGACAGCCAAGCCUCAUUCGGAGCGGCUCUAUUGGCUGAAACGGGUGGAUAAUGGCCCUUAUACAGGCGCGGAUAUGAACAUGCAGGGAGAGUACGCGGCUCAAAUGCUCGGAUUGAAUACGGAAGGGGGCAUUGUUCCGGUUGCCUCCCAAACCUCCAAGACUGUCGGCCGCGAAGACUCCACUAGGAUCCGAGUGUCUCCUAGACCAGUUUCAGCUCCGGUUGCGUCGACCGGAUUGGAUCGAGACGAAAUGGUACCAGAAGGCGCGUUGGAUCUCACUCAUUCAUCGCAACAGUCUGUAUCAGCACCAGUGCAAUCCGUCUCAGUCCCACCCAUAUUGUACAACCAGAACUCAAACUCCUCAACUGGUACCGACAUUUUGGAUCUUAGCAUGCCAGAUAAAAACUCAGUAACGGAGGUCUGUUACGUUUGUGGCGAUGAAUUCAAGCGAGGAAGUCUCGAUUUUAUCGCCUCCAAACAAGUAGCCGACUCUGCUAUGCAGCCAUUUUUUCCCAGUCUGAUCGAGCAUCCAAGGCCGAGCAGAAGUCGACCCAUUGACUCUUUGGGCCGAGUCCAGGCCUGUGUGGAUUGUCAGCAACAUUUGCUGAAGCAGUGGAUCACGUUUCAGGGCCAGGGUGUUCCACACAUAGAGCGUAAAUACACUCUACGAAAACGGCAAGGAGCUGCCCUAGAUGCAACCACCUUCAUAUGUUACACUUGUACCUUAGAGUACCCUUCUUCUAGCAUCAGACUGUUGUAUAGUUGCCCGAAUAACGAGAAGGAACCAUAUUUUCCAUUUAUCCAGACUCUGAAAGCCCCACUUGGAGCCAGUCCGGUUUCUCCUCAAGGGAUGGUCCAAGUGUGUUCGAUAUGUUACAAGAGCAUUCCGCAAAAGCAUCAGGUUUUUGGUGCAGAUCCUUCGACUCAAAAUUCUCAGCUGACAACAAACAGCAAUCACGUGAGCAUGACGGAAGUUCACUAUGUGAAUACGACUUCGUCCCGACCCAGCACUGUUAAAAGUCCCGCAAAUUCUGCCGGUUCGGAUAUUCGGUACAAACCGUAUGACAUUAAUCAAGCCUCCAUCGUCACAACGAAGAAACGAGCUGCACUAGCUGAUAGCAAAAGUUCAAAGGCGGCGUUGGCUGCCAGGACCACUUCACCCUUGGUGGACAUCAAUGGACAUUCGGGGUCGCAAAGUUACCGCUGCUAUAUUUGCGCAGGCCUCUAUACUUUAGAUCAGAUGGAAUGGAUCAGUACUUCGGCGGAGGGCAUGAACUCGCAUGCUAUGCACUUUCCUUGCCUGUCGAAGGUUUGCAUCGGACGAACGUUGGAGAACAGUUGCAUGGAUUCGCAUGGACGGGUUCUGAGCUGUACGAGAUGCGUGAACCAUUUGGCGCAGCAAUGGGAGACUUUCGAAACCGAUCGGGUGCCUUUAGAGCGGCGAAGAUAUGAUGUACCUUUGCCAGAUACGACGCUGAUGAACGGUGAUCGAGGCAUCCCCACACCCCCCAGCACGAACAGUGAUAGAACGGUUUGCAGCCAACCAUCCUCAGGUGGCAGCAGCAUAUACUGUUUUCUGUGUGGUUUGCAUUCGGAAUUCACCCUCGCUCGAGUGGUGUACAGUAAACCUCAAGGUAGAAAUGCGCCCUAUUUUCCGGUCCUGCUGCGCCACAAAAGUCCGCCCAGCGCUGAGCAGCUUAGAGACGAUGGCAGUGCGCUGGUUUGUACGUUCUGUUACCAUAGCUUAGUUCAUCAGUGGCGUAGGUACGAGUCUCAAGGCAAUCGAGUACCGCCCGCAGACGCUCGCGAAUACAACACUCACGACUACUGCUGUUAUGUCUGCGGAAUUACCACUUACCGGAAACGAGUGCGCGCGUUACUUAUUAAGGAUUUUCCGUUUUUGAGAUUCCACCCGCAGCCUGACAACUCACUGCUGUUGGAAAACGGCGACUAUUCAGUUGUAUGUUUGGACUGCUACGAGACGCUGAGAACCCAGUCAUUGGAAUAUGAAAGAUGGGGCUUACCUUUAGACAAGCGGCAAUAUAAUUGGAUAACACAACCCCCGCCCCCAGAGGAUAGUCCCGAGGCCGGCAUUGCCCGUUUACCGAGCGGACAACGAAGUGAUAAAGUAGCACCCCCAACGUUCCUAGCCAAACCCACCAGAAAGAACCAUUCACCAAAAAUUAUGGAGAGAAAGAUGAAUUCAAAGACUGAACAAAACUCAGGAGUACCUAACAGCCCAAACAAACUACCUCCCACCGUUCCGAGUGCGACCAAUGGCAGCAUAGCAAAUGUGCCAGUGAGCGGCGCUUGCUCUGGAAUGACCAAUCCGAAACCGCGCUCAUCCACCACUGGCCAUACUGUGCCAGGACCUGGCCCUGGUUCCUCCAACAGCCAAUACAGCCAUUCGUUUGCUGCCGCCCUGCGGAACCUCGCCCAACAGAACGUACCUGGCGCCGAAUCUGUUGCGGAACCGCCGGCUGCUCACAGAUCGAGGGAGAGUGGGGCACCGAUACCCGAGAAGUCAAAAUCUGAAGUACCCACAUAUCCAUCAACAAGAACGGCAAUAGAUGUGCGACUUUCAGCCCAUCCGGCCGCUGCUGAGCGCUACCCUUCGGCGCUGGCGGAUUUAGGUCGCAGUGGCUUUCAACCCUACAGACCUGAAGACCACAGAAUACCUCAAGUGCCAGUUGGUUUAGAGAUGGCCGCCUACCCGACUCCUUACUCGCAUUAUCCCAUUCCGCUGAUGGAAGAACAGCUUUAUUACGAGAGAAUGUUGAGACCGUCGUGGCCAAUCCCGCAUCACUAUUUGCCAUACUUGGGACUACCAGCGUCCUCCAUGCCGCUUUAUAUGCACGAAAGGUUGAAAUUGGAGGAAGAACAUCGUCACCGUCUGGCGGCCGCCGCAGCAGCUCGUUCCAAAGAUGCGGAACUCGAGCGAGAGCUGAUGGAACGCGAAAGAGAAAAAGACCGACUAGUUCGGGAAAAAGCAGCCGCUGAUGCUGCCCGAAGGGUUUCUCCACUAGCCGCGCCCCAUCUAAUGGGUAUGCCAGUCAUGCACCCGUCGGCAGCUGCAGGAAUGCUACCGCCCACUCUCGGAUUAGCGCCAACUGGCGCUCGACAUUCGCCGCUUGGUGUUCCCGGAUACCUCGCGGCGCCCCCGCAGGGUUACGCACAAGUAACCAGAGCGUCUCCUUCACUCCAAAGACAUUCGCCGAUGGCUCCUGGGGCAUAUUCGACGCUCAACCUAUCGGCGCCCCCCAGACAGUCUCCUACGAUCAUUCAACCCUCGGGGCCGCUUAUCAAUUUAACCAACAAUGUACAGCCUCCGCCAGCGCACAGUUCUAGUCUGGUCAGUCAGGUCCAUGUGAAUAACCAUCACCCGACACCAGGUCACUCGUUAGGUCAAGUAAUGGAUAAACCAUCUAGUCAUUUAGUGAAGCCGCCAACACCGAAGCCGACACCGCCCCCGACGCCCAAAGCCACUCCUCCUCCCACGUCGAGGGAAGGAGGGAAUUCAGGUGUGAGUGAACGGAGAACGCCUGUGAAUUUGGCCGGACAAGGGGCGCAGUCCAGAGCGAUGAACUGCACGAGCGAAGCGACAAGCAAUGGCGACUGUGCCUGACCUCAAUCAAAACACGUUGCUGGACAGUUGCUGAGUGUUG